AUGGAUCCCGUUAACGAUUGGGGUAACACCCCUCUCGGCACCGUCGACCCAGAAAUCCACGACCUCAUAGAGAAAGAAAAACGCCGGCAAUGUCGAGGAAUCGAGCUAAUCGCCUCCGAGAACUUCACCUCCUUCGCCGUCAUCGAAGCCCUCGGCAGUGCCUUAACGAACAAAUACUCCGAAGGCAUGCCCGGAAAUCGAUACUACGGCGGCAACGAAUUCAUCGACGAGAUCGAAAACCUCUGCCAAUCUCGAGCCCUCAUGGCCUUCCACCUCGACCCCACCAAAUGGGGUGUCAAUGUCCAGCCAUAUUCGGGUAGUCCAGCUAAUUUCGCUGCGUACACAGCUGUGCUUAACCCACAUGAUCGGAUUAUGGGUCUGGAUUUGCCUUCUGGAGGACAUUUGACUCAUGGGUAUUAUACUUCUGGUGGGAAAAAGAUCUCCGCCACUAGUAUUUACUUUGAAUCUUUGCCUUAUAAGGUGGAUUCGAAGACUGGGUAUAUUGAUUAUGAUAAGUUGGAGGAGAAGGCGAUGGAUUUCAGGCCAAAACUGAUUAUUUGCGGAGGGAGUGCAUACCCCAGGGACUGGGAUUACAAAAGGUUCAGAGAAGUUGCUGAUAAGUGUGGAGCUCUUUUGCUUUGUGACAUGGCUCAUAUCAGUGGCCUUGUUGCUGCUCAGGAAGCUGCAGAUCCCUUUGAGUACUGUGAUUUGGUCACAACCACAACCCAUAAGAGCUUGAGGGGCCCUAGGGCUGGUAUGAUCUUCUACCGGAAGGGCCCUAAACCAGCCAAGAAGGGUCAGCCAGAAGAUGCAGUUUACGACUUUGAGGACAGGGUCAACUUUGCUGUUUUCCCUUCUCUCCAAGGUGGUCCUCACAAUCACCAGAUAGGUGCUUUGGCUGUUGCUCUGAAACAGGCCAUGUCUCCCGGGUUCAAGGCCUAUGCCAAGCAAGUCAAGGCCAAUGCAGUUGCCCUUGGAAACUACCUUAUGAGCAAAGGCUACAAACUCGUCACUGGCGGGACUGAGAACCACCUUGUUCUAUGGGACCUGCGCCCUCUUGGAUUGACUGGCAAUAAGGUUGAGAAGCUCUGUGAUCUAUGCAACAUUACUGUGAACAAGAAUGCUGUUUUUGGUGACAGCAGUGCCUUGGCCCCUGGAGGUGUUCGGAUUGGUGCUCCAGCCAUGACUUCAAGAGGUUUGGUUGAGAAGGACUUCGAGCAAAUUGCAGAGUUUCUCCACAGAGCUGUGACCAUCACCUUGAAGAUCCAGAAGGAGCACGGAAAGCUUUUGAAAGACUUCAACAAGGGUCUGGUGAACAACAAAGACAUCGAGGAACUGAAGGCUGACGUUGAGCAGUUUUCAUCCUUGUUUGACAUGCCCGGCUUCUUGAUGUCCAAAAUGAAGUACAAGGAAUAGGUCUGAACUCUGUUCUUUCUGGUGUUUGACUCAUAAAGUUUUCACUUCAAGUUUCUUAAUUCAGUGUCCACGGCAAUGAGAAAUAAGUCAUCUAUUUGCCUCUUGUUUUUGUAUUGUAGGUGAAGUUAUUUGCUCUAUUAACAUCGUAGGUGGCUCAGGUUGUGAGAGUCUGAGUUGUGGUGUUACUAAAUAAGUUAAUGCAUUGUAUUUGCUUUCAUUUCUUCCAUUCCACUGAUUCGGUUCUGAGUAAGAGUUACUUCACUUGUGUUUAUAGUAUAUUGAAAUUAAAAUUUAGGAUUAAUUGCACUUUUGAUUCAUAAAGUAUGAUUUUUUUGUUAGAUUAAUAUUCAAUGUAUCAAUUUUAUCAAUUUGGUUCCUAAAAUAUUCAGUUCGUGUCAUUUUGAUCUCCACAUAGAUGGACCAUUAAGUUUUUUUACAGAAGUGAUCACGUGUCAUUUUUUUAGACGGUAUCAUGU